GUCAACAAGGAGGAUUUGGAAAACAUCCUAUUGGGAGAUUAACAAGGACAGAGCCCCGGUCCUUUUCUGUGCAUGUGUGAGUGCUUGCGUGCAGGAAGGAAAGAGAGAGAGAGAGAAAGAAGGAGGGAGGGAGGGAGACAGGACAUCGCAGCGUGUGGCAGAUGGAGGAGGGAGGUGGGGGUGAGGAGCCUGGUAGGAGGCUGGCAUGUUUUCCCAUCUAAACCGGUGACAAAGUGGCGAGCAGUGGCUCCCCGGAGCAGAGGAGAUCACAGCCACCGCACGGAGAGGGACGCGGAGCGGGAGGAGAGCCGAGCACCGCGCAGCCUGCAGCCGCUGGAGCCACAGCAUCAGGGUGGGGAUCAGAACCGAGCCACAUCGGAGGGAGCAACGUUUUUUUUUUUUUUCCUUUUAAACCCGGAGAGCAGAUCGGCAGAGAUGGGCGUGACUUCUCCCCCGCUGCUGCUGAUAUGCAUAUACCUGUCGGCAGUCGGCCGGGCGCGCUCGGAGGGCGUCUGCCUCCAGGACGGCAAGCACAAGGCCACGCCCGGCGCCGAGCCACACCUGUCCGAGUGCGGGCUUUACGCUGACAACAGCUGCUGCACUGAGGAAGACAUCCAGGAUAUUGCCUAUGUUCCUUCUGACAGCAAUAAAAACGAACCCUGGGACAAGUGUGGCCCUCUGAGUGCAGAGUGCGAGGGCUAUCUGAAGCGCGUGUCGUGUUUUUACCGCUGCUCCCCUGAUGCCUCCCGCUGGCCUCAUCCUCACCGCCGCUCGUACAUCCAGGCGGUGCCGCUGUGCCACAGCUUCUGCCGUGACUGGUUUGAUGCCUGUAGGAUGGACAUAACGUGUGCUCGCAACUGGGCCAGGGACCCUCGGGGCCAGAACUGCACUGGGACCUGUGUUCAGUAUCAGCAGAUGUAUCAGCACGGCAGGGAUCUCUGCGAGAGCCUGUGGGGCGACGCCUUCAUGACGGUGGAGGACGACCAGCAGGAGGCGGGAGAGAACGGGGCGGAGGGCCGGCCCUGCGGCUGCCUCACCCUCAGUCCCUCGGACAAGGACGUGAUCGCGGCGCUGCGGGCCCAGCAGGACGACCCGGAGGAGCUGGACACCACCAAGGCAGGCCUGCCGCAGUACCGGGCUCCCUGCCAGACCAAGCUGCCGCCGCCGGUCAAGAGCGGCCGGAGGGCGAACUCCGUCCUACGGAAACGCUCGGUGGAGAUCGACGACGUGGAGGGAAGCGGGAGCGGUUUGUAGAUCCUGUUGGGAAAGAUGUGUCUCUAGUUUCUGAUGCGUAAUGCUAAACUGUGAAAAUAAAGGCGUAACUUUGUCCCUCUAAAAAAGAAUUUACGUACAUGGGCGGCGAGUUAGGGCCGCUGUAGAUCCAGGAGAAAGAAGUAGUAAAUUUGCGAGAUAAAAACUCUGAGGUUUUGAGAUUAAGCGCGGGAAAUUUCUAGAAAAAAGAACGGAAAUUUCUGAGCUCCAAAAGUUUGA